AAACAUACACGCAAAUUGUAAUAUGUUGGAAUCAAUUGCAAUUGCCUGGCAAUACUUAAGUGGACGGAGUGGUUCAAAGGUUCUGAUGCAUGCAAUAAUAAGCGAUGAAUUCAUAAGAUGUGAAAAUGGUGAGAUAAAAUGUAUCGCUGUUGAUGUAAAAAGCAUUGAGCAGCAGAAAGGUGUUACAAUAUCUAUUCAUAAAUCGAAUAGUGCAAACAAUUUUGUUGUAGCUAUUGAAGGCUUGGAUCAUGGCGAUGAAGUUUCUGAUGCCAUGAACAUGAUUACCAGUGCGUGUCUGCCUCUGUCAACAAAUACAACUGAUAAUGAUUCAGGUGCCAUGGGCAGCCAAGUUCGUGAUAAUGCUGAUGAAAAUAAUGCAAGUGUUCCUUCCAUGAGUAGUGAAGAUCAAACUCCUUCUCAAACAAAUCAAGACAGUGAAUUAACCAAAGACUGUGAAGAUACUGAAGAUAGUGGAGAAAUUGAAGGCAGUGAAGAUGGUUUAGACUUCCCUGUGCUCACUCAACAUUCAGGACACCAUGACCUUUCCCUAGUUGUGUUUUGGGGAAAACAAAUUGAACAUAUAUUACGCAAAUAUUUUUGCAAAAAGUUACCACAUGGAAAAAACAUUAUGCUAGGUCGUCUCAUACAUCAAUACUCGAAUAUAAGAAAGCGUGACAAACCACUCACGCUUCAACUUCAAGUUCUCGUCAAAAAACGAAAUAUGUUAGUUCAUAAAUUAAACGAGAAAAAGUUUCCUAACCAGCAAUCAAGGGCAGAAUACAUUGAAAACUGUAACAUUGCAAUGGAGAGUUUGAAGAUCUAUUCACAACAGCCUGAGCAGGUGGACCAAGUUGACUGGCCUGAAUCUUUCACUCAGCCGGAUCUUCCACGCCCAAGAUUUCUUACCAGUUCACCAUAUCGAAGCGUAAACCCAGAAUUAACACUACGAGAAUUAUCUCGACAUAUCCAGUAUCAAAUUUUGUGGUUUCAUUGGAUAUUGUUACUACUGAUAUUAUGGAUUCUUACAUUAUGUCUGAACUGGCUUUUAAUAAAUCCAGUUUGGCUGGUUUUAAGGUUAAAAGAUCGACUCACUCCAUCACAUUCCUGCUCUAUACUACCAAAAGAACUAGAAGUGAAAAUGAAGUUUCACUGCUGGAGGAUUAUCAAGAGAGGCAUUGCCCCACCCCAACGCAUCAAGUCUGUCUCCAAGGCUACCUUCACAGCGACAGAGGUUACUCUGGUGGAACAACGUGGUAACGAGGUGUGUAAGAGUAUAUGGCUUGGUAAAUGGGAGAAAGCUGAUGCUCCAACUUUCGACAAGACAUCUGAGACGGGUCGACGGGACUUCUUGUGCGAUAAGGUAGAUUUAUCUUGA